CAUGAUACACACAUCAUCAUAUCAGGAGUUCAUUCCAUUCCAUGGAAGGAAAGGCGAAACAAUAAGAACCCUUCCCCGCUAGCUAACUUGUCAACCAAACACACACACACACUUUCGUCAACUAAACCCUUUGCUGCUCAAUUUCCAAUUCCAUCGUUUCGUCAACAAGGUUGAAAGUGGCUAUGAGAUAGAGGAAGAUGGGUGGUUGCUGUUGUUGUUCUACCAAACAAACUGAAUUGUCUGCUCCUCCUGCGUACUACUACUACCCGAGAGUAUCGGAGGAGCAUGUUCCACUGUCAGCUCACCAGGGUGCUGCUCCUGCUUUUUCUGGUGGGCUCUUAGUUGAUACCAAUCUAGACACUUCAAGUCCUGAUACUUAUAGACCUCCUCCUGCUCCUAUACCUUUUGAUGUUACUACUCAAACUCCACCUGUGACUCAAGAAAUUCGUGCUGACAAACCUAAUGCAUCCCCACGUACUACAAAUUCUAAUUCGAUCCAAGAAACAGUUGCCGGGGACAUUCAUGGGGUCUCAGCUAAGUCAGAAGACUUGAAGGGAUCAGAAUGCAAAGUUCAAACUGAUUUAGAACUUGACUCGGCAAAGGAUUCUGAAGUUGAACUUCCAAAGUUGGCUGAGCCUAUCAUUUUAGUCGAAGAAGAGGAGGAUACAUGCCCAAUUUGUUUAGAAGAAUAUGAUGAAGAGAAUCCACAACUCUCUACAAAAUGUGAUCAUCAUUUUCACCUUGCAUGCAUUCUGGAAUGGAUGGAAAGAAGUGAAAGCUGUCCCGUGUGUGAUAAGGAUAUGAUAUUCGACCCUCCCAUUGAUUAAUAGAUACCAACAGCUUAGUUCAAAAUUCAAAUACGCUGUUAUAUACUGUUUGGCAGGCAAGGUUACAAAAUCAACAGUUUUCUGUUCUAGCAACCUGAGUAUAUGGUUGUAUUUUAUUUCUUUAGCUUUCUGAGUAUUCUGAGGUUUUCACCCGUUUUCCCCCCUCGUCCCUUGUGUUGAUGCCGGGGAAUUGAAGAAAAGUUUAAUAUACCAGGGCAAUAGCCGAUAGACUGGGUUCCAAAGUAAGUUUCAUUCCAUUACAUAGUUUUUUAAUUAGAAAGUUGAAGUGCAAUCAGGAUACGAUAUGAACUGGUGUAAAUAGAACUUGUGAUGAUUUGCAGUCUUGCACAGAUUAUUCUUAGAGACAUGUUAGUUAUAGAAUAGAGCGGUCAAUUUGUUCUUUUUGGUUCUUCUGUCUGUCACUGUCAGCAUUCGACUUUUGUUAGAAGAAUGGACUAUCUUUCGUUCA